GAGAGGCUGCGGGAGAAGUCGGAGGACACCCGCAUGGACCAGGAGGCGGCCCAGAGGUCGAUCCAGGCGGAGCAGCAGCGGGCCCAGGGUGAGCGCCGUCGGGCCGAGGAGCUGGAGCGGCAGCUGCGGGAGGCGCGCGAGGAGCUCGCCGCGCUGCGGCGGGAGCGGCCGCCGGCGGCCGCGGGAGUGGCCGGGGGUGCCGCGGAGGCCGCCCCGGCGGAGCAGGCGGGCGGGCGGGGGAGCCUGCCGCCCUCGCUGCCGGGCCUCCCGGGGCAUCCAGGCCCGGCCGCUGGCGGCCGCAGCGCCGUCGUGGUCGUGGUCGCCUUGGUCGCCGUGGUCGCCGUGGCCCCCUCGGCGGGCCUCGGCGGCCAGGGCGCGGCUCGCCGCGGCGGAGCGCCCACCGCCGCACCGGCCGCCGCCCCGGCGGCCGUGCCGGCGGCCACGGAGCCCCUCGGCGCGGCGCGGGGGCGCCCGCUGCCGAGGGCUCCAGAGCAGCAGUCCCCGCUGCAGCCGCGCCAGCUGUGUCACGCGCGCUCGGCGGGGAGCCUGCCAGCGGAGGAGGGCCCGCCGCGGGGCCUCGUCCUCGAGAAGGUGUCCCUCUUCGAGGAGAGCGCUGCCGGAGCCAGACGCCCAUGUCGCGCAGCGGCGCCAGCGCGCGGGGCCGCAGCGCCGCGCCCGGGGGCUCGCCCGCGGCGCGCCCGGCCUCGCGGGGCCCCGGGCGCCGCGCUGGACCGCCAGCGGAGGAGUCCGAGUCCUGGUGCUCGCGGGCCGUCGCCGCUGCCCCGACCGCUGCCUACCUGCCGUCCCGGCCGGCGCCGUCGACCGCCCGGGAGGCGCCCGCGCGCGUUGCUGGCCUGAGGCCGCUCUGCCUGCAGGCCCUGCGCUGCGAGGCCGACGACGACGCGGGCGAGGGCCAGCCCUUCAUGGGCAUGUCCCCCAUCCACAAGGAGUCCGGCGCAGAGCGGGCGCUGCCGCCGCUGGCGCAGCUCCCCUCCGGGGCCAUGUCCGUGCCGGCCACGUGGGAUCGCGGCACAGGCGAGGCCACCCCGCCCGGGUUCUCCCCCGCGCCGCGGGAGCACUCGGGGGCCCUGGCGGCGCCGGGCGGGCCCGGCCUCGCCGAGCAGGUCUCGGUGUCCGAGCAGGUCCGGAGGCUGCAGGGGGGCCGCGCCCGGUGAGAGAGGCCGCGCGGUGGCCCCCUCGGCGGCGUCUGGCGCCGCAGGCCUUGGGGCCUCCCAGGCCCAGGGGAGGAGGAG